GAUUAAUUUCUCUUUUGUGGGUAACUACUGAAGCUCCAUGUAAUGUAUUGAAUUUAAUAGGUUUGUCUAAUUUAAUUCUUUCUGCAAAUGGAUAAUUUUUAUUCUGCUGCUGCUGAAAUUGUGGUGGUUAUGGUUGUCUUCUGAAUCUUGUUGAGGAAGGAUCUACAUCCAUUGUUACCACUGGCUGUGUUUGUUGCACGAAAGUUGGUUGCAGAGGUGGGUAUAUUUGUGGUCUCUGCCAUUGUUGCUGAUUCUUCUGGUAUGUUCUGGGUAUGUGUUCCAGUUGGUGAUAAUGAGUGUCAUGUUGCAUGGUCCUUGCUAUACCGUAGGCUUCCAUCAGGUUUGAGCAAUUUCUGGAGUACAGUGCGUUUUUUGUUGCUGUACUUUUUAACCCUGCGAUAAAUGUACGUAUCGCUUUUAGUUGCACUUCUUUUGAUAGAGCUUCUAUCACAAAUUCAUUUUUGUGUGACAUUUCUAUCUUGGAUAAUACUCCGUUGAGUGCUUGGUUCAGGUGAUCAUAGUAUAUGUGGAGAGGUUUUUCUCCUUGUCGUAUUCUCAUCAUAUCUUCCUCGAGUACAUAGAGUGGGCGUUGAUCUGCAUAAGAGUCGUCUAGGCGGUCUAUGAUUUCAUCGAAGUUUAGCUUUGUGUUGUUGUUGAUGAGGAUUUGUGCAGCUCGUCCUGUGAUCUUUCCUCUGAGAAGGAUCAGGGCUUCAGUGUAAAUGUUUUGUCCACGAAAUAUUUUCACAUUAUUCAUUAGAGUUAUUGCUAGUUUUCUCCAAUUUCUGUAUUCGUGAUAAUCUUCACUAAACACUGUUAUUGCUGAUUUGAAGAGUCCUAAGUCGACUUCUUUGGGAUCAGUGUAUGUACAGAUUUCAUCCUGGGCUUCUAUUAUUGGUGUAUUACCUAUUUGAGCUUCGGCGAAUUUCCUCUGCAAAUCAAGUACCAUCACUUGAAGUGCUUGGAUCUCUGCUGCUUGUUGUGCCAUUUUAUUUUGUUUUUUUCUUGUUUUGUUUUUAAGUUUUGAACCGUUUUGAAAAUUUUUGUUGACUUGUUAAGGAAUUUAUUCUGAUUCCUUUUUAUUAGUGUGUCCCUGCUCGGGCGCCAAUUAAAGUUUACACUUUAUUAUUUUCUAAAAAAUAUAUUUUUAGCUCCGUAGAGCGAUCUUUAUUUAAUCACUUAAACAGUGUGAAUUUUAUGAACAGAAAAGAUGUUGUAUACAAGCGGGUGCUUGUAUUUAUACAAAAAACUUUGCUUCAAAGUAAUAUAUUUAUCAGUGGUUGUAUUUAUACAAGAACUUAGCUUCAAAGUAAUAUAUUUAUCAGUUGUAGUUUUGUGGUUUCUAUUCUAUUGUGGAAAAGUACUGAUGUGGAUGACAAUUAGUUUAGUUAUUUGGAUAGUGUUAUCUUAUAGUAAGUGAUGUCAGCUUAUUGCUAGGCAGAUGUAUAUGUGUGGUAGCUAUUAUCAGUUGGGUUCAGUGUAAGUCAUGUAUUAACUCGCGCCACAGCGCAAGGUGAAAAUCGGCUUGCGGCCACACUUCUUGACGUUGCUUUCGCCGAGUGCUGUCACUCACAUUCAUUCACCUACGCCAAAGGACACGUUCGGAUAGGUCUCCACACAAAUAUUUUUUCAUCGAGUUCCUUCACUCUUGUUGAUUUCGCCGAGUGCUAUCACUUAUAUUCUCUCAACAGAACACAGAACUCAAAAUUUCUGUAUCUAAAUUUAAAUUUAGACAGAAAUGUCCUGGGUUUGGCAUAUAUCCGUUUGGCAUAUAUCCGUUUGGCAUAUAUCCGUUGAAAAUUGGAACGACGAUCAAAAUACGGAAGAAGUCGCAGAUUUCGAAGUGUCUGACAAUGAUGUUGAAGAACCAGUUAUCAAGGAGAAUAUGCAAUAACAGAAAAAAAUUUAAACUCCACAAGAAGUCAUCUAAAUGUUACAAUGAAAGCCCUUUACCUGCAGUUUCUAUAUUGAAGCCACUAAUGGGCAUCGAUCCGAACUUGGAACACAACCUUGAAUCAUUUUUUACAAUGGAUUAUCCAGUGUAUGAGUUAUUAUUUUGUAUUGAAGAUAGUGUGGACCCAGCUGUAAGUACUGUUGAAAGCUUAAUGACUAAGUAUCCACAAGUGGACGCUACUUUAUACAUGGGUGGUUCAAAGGUUGGUGUUAAUCCAAAAAUUAAUAAUAUGCAGCCUGGUUAUUCGGCCGCCAAACAUGAACUGAUCAUGAUAUCGGACAGUGGUAUUAAAAUGAAGAACGAUACUCUUUUAGAUAUGGUAAACAACAUGACAGAGAAAUAUGCACUUGUGCAUCAAAUGCCGUUUACAUGUGAUCGCGAAGGAUUUGCUGCCACAUUUGAGAAGGUUUUUUUUGGUACGGUUCAAUCGCGCAUAUAUCUAUCCGCUGAUUUACUGGGCAUCAAUUGUCAUACUGGAAUGUCAUGCUUGUUACGCAAAUCCGUAAUUGAUGAACUUGGUGGUUUAAGAGCAUUCGGCUGUUAUUUAGCUGAGGAUUUCUUUAUUGCUAAAGCAAUAAGAGACAAAGGUUGGAAAAUGCGAAUAAGUAAUCAACCUGCAAUGCAAAAUAGUGGUAUUUGUGAUAUAAGCAGUUUCCAAGAACGGCUCAUACGAUGGGCGAAACUACGUGUAGCUAUGGUUCCAACAACAAUUCUUCUUGAACCGCUCUCUGAGUGUAUGGUGUUGGGAGCUUUGGCAUCAUGGUCUGCGGCGAUACUAUUCAAUUGGGAUCCGUUAGUAUUUUACUUAGUGCAUGUACUGACAUGGUUUUUAUCCGACUGGAUAUUACUUUCUAUUGUACAGAAUGGGUCAUUAUCGUUCCAUAAGUUUGAAUUUGUUGUAGGUUGGCUUUUGAGGGAAAUAAGUGGGCCUUAUCUGUUCCUGCAUGCCCUUUGGAAUCCAGCAAUAAGGUGGCGUAGGCGAACAUAUAAGCUGCAAUGGGGUGGAAUUGCGUAUGAGUUGCCGUCAGUCAAUAUAAAUUUGAGUACAAAACGUCUACUAUUAUCAUAGCAUAAGCUAACAAAACAAUGUUAUCUACAUUUUAGUUCAAAGCUGGUGUUUCUAGUUUUGGUUUUCUAGGAAUAUUAAAUAAUUUUAAGGUAGGGUGUAUAUUUCUUCAACUAAACUAAUUAAGAGAGUGUGCUUUAUAUGUAUAUAGACUAGUUGUGUCAUUAGUUCAUCAUAAUUAAAUCCACCGUUGAAAUAAAACAUAUAUAUCUUUACGAUUUUUCUUAAUAAA